GCUCUCGUCUCUCAGCUGGGACUGCAUGCUGUCUUUGUGGCCCGUUCACUUGUUGUUUGGUUAGUUGUUGAAGCCAGGCUGUCGGUCGGCAGGGAUGGGUGAUCCAGCGACCCUGGUGGAGUCUGCCACCCCCGCUGUCAUCACAGCGAUCCCCACGGUCGUUGCCGGAGAAACUCAAGAUGGAGCUAAAACCCAAUCAGCCAAUAAGAAUGGGAAGAAGGCCGACUCCGGGUCCAGCAGCAGCUUCUUCACCUGGUUCAUCGUCCUGGCCCUGCUGGGUGUCUGGACCUCUGUAGCCGUGGUCUACUUUGACCUGGUUGACUAUCAGGGAGUUCUGGACAAGGCUAAGGGCUUACAAAUUAACCUGUCUGAGGCCUUGCAAGGUAAACUGGUGGCCUACGACACAGAUGGAGAUGGUGACUUUGAUGUGGAGGAUGCUAAAGUUCUGCUAGGACUGAAAGAGAAAGCCGUCGUCGUCUCCUCCCGUAGUGAAGAAGCUGCCGCCCCGGUAGAGGCUGCUGACCCUGAACCCACACCAGAGGCUGUCAUUGAGCCUGAUCCUGAGCCUGUGGAGGACGUGGUUGAAGCUGCUGUAGCUGAGGACACUUCUGCUCCACCACCAGAACCUGAACCUGAGGUAGCAGCUGAGCCAGAGGUGGUUGAGUCUGAGCCUGAACCAGAACCUGAACCAGAGCCUGAACCAGAACCAGAGGCUGUGGAGACUCCUGAGGUGAUUGAGGAGGAUCCAGAGGUGCUGGAGGAGGAGCCUCUUGUAGAAGAGGAGGAUGCCCCUGUAGAGGAGGCUCCUGUGGAGGAGGCUGCUCCACUGGAGGAGCCAGAAGCUGAGGAGGCUGCAGAGGAGAUGAUUGCAGAUGAGCCUGCAGAGGAGGCAGCAGCUGAAGAGGCUGUGGAGGAGGUGGAGGAGAUGGCAACAGAGCAGGCUGUGGAGGAGGCUGUUGAGGAGGCCGCGGAGGAACCUGCAGUAGAGGAAGCCGAGGAGGAGGCAGCUGCAGAGGAGAUGGACGAGGCUGUAGAGGAGGAGAGUGCUCCUGCUGAAGAAGAGGAGGCAGCUCCUUCAGAGGAACCGGCUGAGGAGGCAGCUACUGAAGAAGCUGUUGAGGAGGUUGCAGAAGAAGAGGAGGCAGCACCUGCUGAAGAGGCCAUGGAGGAGAUGGCUGAAGAAGAGGAGGCAGCUCCUUCAGAGGAACCCGCUGUAGAGGAGGAGGGAGCUCCUUCAGAAGAAGCUGUGGAGGAGGAGGCAGCUCCUGCAGAGGAACCUGCUGAGGAGCCCGCUGAAGAGGAGGCAGCUACUGAAGAAGCUGCUGAGGAGGUAGCAAAAGAAGAGGAGGUAGCACCUGCUGAUGAGCCCACUGCAGAGGAGGAGGCAGCUUUUUCAGAAGAAGCAGUGGAGGAGGCAGUGGAGGAGGCAGUGGAGGAAGAAGUGGAGGAAGAAGUGGAGGAAGAAGUGGAGGAAGCAGUGGAGGAAGCAGUGGAGGAGGCAGAGGAGGAGGCAGAGGAGGAGGCUACAGAGGCAGAAUCAGCAGACACAGAGGCUGCUCCAGAAGAGGUGGAGGAGCAAACAGUCCCAGGUGAGAAGGAAGAGGUUUAG